UUAAAAGUGUCCUACCGGUCGUAGAAAGUACUGCAGCUAAAUUGCUAAAGUCGUCUGAGGCAAAUGGACCAAUCACAGCUCGUUUUCCCGCUAGCAUAGAGCUUGCCGCAAAAACAGGAUCCUGUCGUCGCGAUAACUGACCAAUCAAAAUCGACAAAAUCUGGCCAAUGACAAAAAAGGUUUUUCAACGGUAGCCAAUCACUUAGCUUAGACAUUCUUUCGUUCUGAUUGCCGCCAGGGUACAAAUAGCUAACGUUCUCUCCUUACGGCACGAUUUGUAUUCCAAAUGGCACGUACAAAGCAGACCGCCCGUAAGUCCACUGGAGGCAAGGCCCCCAGGAAGCAGCUGGCCACCAAGGCCGCUCGCAAGAGCGCCCCGGCCACCGGAGGUGUCAAGAAGCCUCACCGUUACAGGCCCGGCACCGUGGCUCUCAGGGAGAUCCGUCGUUAUCAGAAGUCCACCGAGCUGCUCAUCCGCAAGCUGCCCUUCCAGCGCCUGGUCAGGGAGAUCGCCCAGGACUUCAAGACCGACCUGCGUUUCCAGAGCUCUGCCGUCAUGGCUCUACAGGAGGCUAGCGAGGCCUACCUGGUCGGUCUCUUCGAGGACACCAACCUGUGCGCCAUCCACGCCAAGCGUGUGACCAUCAUGCCCAAAGACAUACAGCUGGCCCGCCGCAUCCGUGGCGAGCGUGCGUAAACGCCUAGCCCGACCCUAGUGACCCCGGCCCUUUUCAGGGCCACCCACAUCCUCUGAAAGAACUAUGUUGUCCACGUUUUGCCACUGCAUGCUUUAUGAGAA